AUGUCCAGCCACGAGGAGGAUGACCACGAGCACGAGAACGAGCAUGGCGACGAUGUCGAGGAGCAGGAGAUUCACGUUGAUGUGGACUCCGAUUCCCGCAUGUCCUGCGGCAGUGGAUCCGAUGUGGAUAUGGACGGUGGCAGUUGCUACGAUGAGUCCGAAACGCCAUUGAGUGAAUCGCUGCAGUCCGAGCAGACGCGCUCCUCGUCCAGCGAGAAUCUGCCCUUCAGCAUAUCACGCCUGCUAUCCAAGCCCUUCGAGACCAGUCAUCACCAUCAUCACCACCACAACAAUAACAACAACACGCAGCACAGCAGCAGCAGUCCCGGCUCCAGUCACAACAACAACCACGGCGAGAAGGGCGAGGAGAAGGAGCUGCUGCAGGCGGAGGAUCAGGACUUGGCCGCCUAUAAACUGGCCACCAGCAUUGCCAAUUCGACAUACGGAAGCGCCGCAGCUUUGUAUUCGUAUCCGCAUCUCUAUCCCUCGGCGGCAGCGGCGGCCGCCGGUCAUGUGCUGCGGGUGCCGCCCCAGCGGACGCCACUCACCUGGGCGCUACCGCCGCUGCAUCAUGCGGCGCUGGCCCAUCAGGCGGUCAAGGAUCGGCUGGCAGCUGCCUUCCCCAUCGCCCGACGGAUCGGACAUCCCUACCAGAACCGCACGCCGCCGAAGCGAAAAAAGCCGCGCACAUCCUUCACGCGCAUCCAGGUGGCGGAGCUGGAGAAGCGAUUCCACAAGCAAAAGUAUCUGGCCUCAGCCGAGCGAGCGGCCUUGGCCCGCGGUCUCAAGAUGACCGAUGCCCAGGUGAAGACGUGGUUCCAGAAUCGCCGCACCAAGUGGAGACGCCAAACAGCCGAGGAGCGUGAGGCGGAGCGGCAGGCAGCCAACCGGCUGAUGCUCUCCUUGCAGGCGGAGGCCAUCAGCAAAGGCUUUGCACCUCCAGCGCCGCCCCUGAACUCGCAGGGGGGCGUGAAUGGGGCGCCCCUGGCGGCACUUCAUGGCCUACAGCCCUGGGCAGAGGCGUCGCAUGCGGCGGGCUGCUAAUCGGGCCGCCAAGAGGAGCUAGAGCGAGAGCGAGCCCUCGGCGGCUGUUGGUUUAUUUGUGAUACACUUCGCUUUGUACAUAGUCCGAGGACACGGACAGUGGAGCCUCGGACAGAAGACUAUUCGCACUGUACAUAGGAGAAUAAAGGGGGCGGUUGAGGCAGACCCCCACUGUAAAUACCUAGCUUUACUCUGUAGAGACGCUUGCCCAACGGAUGCCAGGAUGCCAACAAGGCCAUGCACCUGGAUCGGCGCUUUAAGUUCGUGUAGAAUUCCGAAUUUUCGUUUUGUGUUCGUAGUGCUGCAUUUAGAAUAUUAGUUAUUGUUCGACAGUCGCAGUGAGCUUCGAAGCCGCGCCUAGUAAUAGUAUAUUUAAUACGCAAAAUUAUAUAUGGAUUGUAAUGUAUUGUAAUUGUAAUAUGUAUCUGUCUCUAGGCUUAAGUCAAAUGGCAUUACCUAGUAUUAUAAAUUAUAAACCCUAAAUACAUGUAUGAUCAUUGGAAAGUAAACAA